CCAUCUAUCGAUCUCAUCUCAUACUCACACUCCUCAACCUGUUUUAAGCUAGGGCAGCAGCCAUGGGUGUCAAGUGUGGUGGUGUCGUGUGGUGUCUCCUGCUCGCCGGGCUCCUUCUCCUGGCCGUGGCCUCCGCGGCGGAGCGGGACACGGAGAAGGAGGAGGAGAUCCGGUUGUGCAAGAAGGUCUGCGACUGGAAGGCGGGGGAGGACACCGGGAAGGCCAGGGAGUGCAAGGAGCAGUGCGAGCGCCGCCGCCACGGCCACGAGCUGCUCCAGGAAGACGGCGACAGCUUCGACAGCUGCGUGAGCCAGUGCCGGGGCCAUGGGGGCUGGUGGGGGAAGGAGCGGUGGGAACGGUGCAGGCAGAUAUGCAGGCAACGCCAAGAAGGGGAGGGGGGCGACGACGACUUCGACGAGGGCGACAACGCCGACGACAGGUGCGACAGGAUGUGCCAGCGCUACCACGACCGGCAGGAGAAGAUGCAGUGCAUGAAAGGCUGCAGACAUGGCGAGUCCGGCCUCCUCCGCUCCGACGAGGGCCACAAACACGGAGACCGCUGCCAAACACAGUGCAAGCGCUUCCGGCCCGGGUCAUACGACAGGCAGCAGUGCAUCGAAAAGUGCCAGUGCCAGCAGAAGGAGGAGGAGGAGGUGAUGAACCACCACGGCGGCGGUGGCCAUGGCCACGGAGACCGCUGCCAAACGCAGUGCAAGCGCUUCCCGCGCGGGUCGUACGACAGGUGGCAGUGCACUGAGAGGUGCCAGAGCCAUCAGCAGGACGACGAGGAGCUGAUGAACCACCACGGCGGCCACGAAAGCAGCAGCUGCGAGCAGAAAUGCCAGCAGCGACACCGCCACGAGUACGAUAGGCAGCAGUGCGUGCGAGACUGCAAAAGCGGCGGUGGCGGCGGCGCCGGUGGGCGUGGCCGCGAGGGCGACGAGCGCCAGCACGACAGGGGGAUGGUGGUCGAAGCCAUCCUCGAGGAGGUGUAACGGCUGGAUGAAAGUAGCCAGCUCUUUCCAGGAGCUCGACCUCUUUACCGGUCUUGCAUCUUGCUAUGCGUACGUGGUAGGUGCAUGUGUGAGCUACAAUAAAUUGCGGUAACUAGAAGUGGCUCUCCAGCCUUGGAGAGAGCCUGUGUACGAGGAAUCAAUCUGGAAAGCAAUGUGGUGAUGUGUCAUGUGUGAUAAAUAAAAUAAGCAAGGUUUCGAAA